CACACUUACUUCAUAACAACACAGGUAGUAACAAGAACUCCUCAAUAUUGGCUUUUGUGCCUCUACAUACCAAAUCACGAUCAACGCCAUGUCAGAAACUAUGGUUAAAAAGGUCGACAUGCAACCCCCACCUCUGCAUGAGCUCUCCAAAGUCAUCCAGAUUGGAUUGGCACAAAACUUCAAAGACAUCUCAGUAUCAGUCGAAAGAUGCCCAGACCUAAGGCAAGUGCCAUACAAAUUGGCAUUCGCGGGCUUGAGCGGAUCUCCUCGCAUUGCCGACGUGGGUGGACAGCCCAACUUAGCACCUACCCCAGACUUCACCAAGAAGUACGAUCUGCUCGAGAUUGCGAAACUGAUGGACAUGCCACGCGAACAAGGUGCGCUGCUGGGAGCUGCGGCUGGGCCAUUCCACGUGGUUGGAAUGAACUCAGAAUUGAUGCCGAAUCUGCGGUGGGACGCGAAGGAAAUCUUCAAUGAAACACAUUAUGCAAAAGUUCAGGACAAUGGAAGAAUGCUCUGUGAAAAGCUACCUUCCCAUGAUUGCGCGCUGAUGGCCAAUCUCUUCGGUAGUGCAGGGCUUCCGGGCGAUGUGCUGCACAUCACAGUAUCCUCACGAAUUGGAACUCUCAACUUUACCGAAGCGAUUCGAGAGGCGCUGAGCAAUACAUACAGGACGCGAACCGUAUCACUUGGGGGCGUAUUUGUGAUCACGAAAGGGAAAGCGAAGUUGCAUGUCAUGCCCGACUUCGCGUCUACUCCUCUGAUCACCGAUGAGCAGAAGCAGCAGUGGCUGAAGUUCUACGAGACGGACGCUCCGCUGGUUUGUUUGAGCGUACUACAUUCACACGAUCCAGGGCUGGAUUUGAGGAUUGAGCACACGCAUUGCUUUUCAGAUCGCGGCGAGGGAGGUCAUUAUCAUUAUGAUACCACACCAGAGGAUGUAGAGUACGAAGCGUGGUUCAACGUCGCGGAAGUCUUGUAUCGAAUCGACAGGCCGUGAAUAGGAUGUACCAGAUAUCUCCGUGAGGCUCGAGAUAUUCUGUCCGUAGCACCUAGAGCUGCCCGCCAUGAGACUCAGAGUGGCACUUCAGUUGGGCCGUCGCACAUAUGUUUUGC